UUAGCGAUGUUGCAUGGCUGCAAGUCACCCCUUCACAUGUGUAUGCAGCCUUCUUCGAUGACACCAGAUGAUUACGACACUCCGCUCAUAAGGAAGAUAGGUGAUAAUUUCCUUCCUUGGAUGAGUCAGAGUAUAGCGUCGCGCAGAUCGCGGCGUAUCUGUAUCUUUGUACCCGGCAUCCUGUGAGAGCGGUACAGUACCCAGGAAGGGUAGGCAAAAGGACUCCGGACCUGAUAGGUACGUGGCCAGGGUGGGGGUUUUGUUUUGUUCUCGCCAUGCCGGUAGAGUCUGCCUGGAGGAUUUAGUGCUGCCGCAGGUUCCAAGGCUUUGAAGAGGGCUGUACCAACAUGAUCACUCUACGUAGUAUGUAGAGAGAGCCUCGAAGGGGUCAGCCUAGAUCUGUGUUACAUAGAACCCACCUUUCUCCCAAUUAAUAUAAAUGACACUAGUAAGAGGGCAGUCUGAGGGCAGUGAUAAAUCAUUCAUAAAUCGUUUCUUGGUUUCCUCUGGCCAAGUCCAUCAAGACCUUUCCGGCGAUCCAUCAUGAACCAGGCUGCCGUAUUCUCAUAUGAUCAUUCCAUAUUCCCGCUUUUGCAAUGUGCGCAGGUGGAAUCGCGCCCCUUUGGGGCUUCAUACUGAAGAACCUGUCACCAUGGAUCAAAGACUUGAGUAUAGCAGUUGUUUUGAAAACUGCUGUCGCUCUUAUUUUGAUCAAGUUCUUUCUUGAUAUCUUACUAUACCAUUACACUCAUUGGUGCCGAGGCAAUGCCGCGGGCCAAGUUCCACCGCGCUACCCUUCUCUUAUCCCCUAUUUGGGUGCAGCUCUCGAGUUGGCGCUGGAUCAUAAGAGCUUCGCUCGAAGAAUCUCAGUGCAGUUAGCCGGCAAGGAUUAUUAUUACAUCCAGGACCGGGAGACGCUUGAAACAUUAUUCAAGCAUAAGGCUAUGUCUAGUGCUAUCGAGAUGUACGCCUACAGCCAGUACAAUGUGAUUGGGAUCUCGAAGAAAGCAGCAGACGUUAUCAGAGCCGAUAACUCUGGCCCUUUCCCCCAACCAAAUCCAGCUAGCAAUGUUCUUCCACACAACCGGGUUGAAGCCGUGACUCAUGGCGUUUCGUUUCGCGGGCUUACUGGACCCGGCUUGAAACCGACUACACGCCGGUACAUGAAAGGAGUCCCUCUGAAAUUCGAAGGCAUAACCACGGAGUGGACAGAAUCGGGUGACCUGGUACGAUUCUUCAGAGAGCACGUUGGUGAACCCACGCUCCGGUCAAUCUUGGGACCCACGAUGUUUCGCAUAAACCCAACGUUCCUCGAUGAUAUUUUCGAAUACGACAGGGUCCUUCCCUACUUCCCCUUGGGCCUGCCGCGUUUCCUAUUGCCAAAAGCUUAUCGUAUUAGGGAGCGCCUCGCGGAUCAUUUCAAGUCGUGGUACAAGUAUGCGAGAAAACACGCUGAUCCAUCGCUGCGUGACCCCGAUGGAGACGGUGACCCGAUAUGGGGAUCCGAGUUGAUGCGUAAUCGGCAAGCGCUUCUAAAUGCUGACCACCACGACGAUGACACCUUGGCGCAUCUGGAUACUGGCCUUGCUUGGGCGAGCAUAGGCAACGUUGUCCUUGUCACGAUGCUCUCGGUUUAUCACAUCUUCCAGAGUGAAGAGCUCUUGAGGCGUGUUAGACACGACCUUCAGGAGUACCUUAGCACGCAGUCUGGGACAAUUCACGACGUUGACCCCCAGCAUCUCGCAAAGGAGGUACCGAUUCUCUCGUCUAUUUAUGCAGAGACGAUGCGCAUGUACAUCAACAUCUACUCAAUGUACAGCUCGCCGUACGAAGAUGUCAAUCUGGGGAAGUGGGUGUUGCCCAAAGGCGCACAUGCUCUUGUCAUGUCGCACCCCAACCACAUGGACGCUUCGUUUUGGAAUACUCGGAAUGGCAAGCAUCCUGUGCAGACAUUCUGGGCUGAUCGGUUCAUGGUAGACCCAUGUGAUCCCACCAGUGGGCCAGUCAAUCCCGAACUUAACAAGACACCGCAGCAAGAAAAGCCAAGCGGUGAACAGAAGCCAUAUUUCUCGCUGGAAGGCUGCCAGGGCGCCUGGCUUCCCUACGGUGGUGGACACGGUAUGUGUCCCGGUCGCUUCCUCGCCAAGGCCAUCAUCGUCUUCACAAGCGCUCUCAUAGUGUCAGAGUACGACCUCGAGUUCAAAGAGGCGCUGGAGUUCACCAACACAAGGUAUGGGUUCGGAAUACCGGAUCUCAAGAACCGGGUUCCUUUCAGGAUUAGAAAGCGCGCACUACGGUAGGGGAUUUCUGUCGAAAUGCCAUGGCGCUAGUGCUCCACUGCUCCUCCCGCCUCUAGUGUACCGUACUCCAUGUGAAAAGUACCCAGCAGCCCUACACGAUACCUAAAGUGUGUGCUUGGCCGAGUGCUUACAUGUAGUAAGGGACGUGUCUAUGGUAGAUACUUAUAUUUUCUGACGAUAGCACAUCUCCGUAGAUAAGUAGAUACCGAUUAACGUAACUAUUGAUCUCAACUCACGUUGCACGUCUAUUGUUUCCAGAGUCGCAUUCUGAAGCGAUCUCGCAGUGGCAGCUUUACCUGUUCUGGCUACCCACCCUUGCCACUCCAUUCGGGACGAGAUGAGGUGUGGCCGUGUACAGCAAAGGACUCUGCAGCUGACUCCUGAGUGAAAUACCGAUACUUCAUUCGUUAUAACCCAUCCUUGUCAUUAGGUCAUAGUAGGUACUGAGUACGUAUAUACCUAUGCAGUACUGCCUAUGCAUACCUGCUCCAGAGCACCUACUCUGACCUAGGUACCUAGGUACGUAGUACCCAGAAGCUAGUAGAUGCAGAUGCCUGGCUACCUAGCUACCGUAGAUCUAAGUACUGUAGCAUUAUCCCUACUUAAAGAGGUAAGUUGCCGACAGCUAGGGCAGGCUAGGGGAAUGGAGUAAUAGGUAUCUCUAAUUUAAUACUUAGCGUUAUACUGGCGUAUCAGAUGUAAUACAAAAAGUACCAGUAAUACUUGAC